GAAUCCGCUACGGUUUAAAAGCCAUCGUUAUCGUCGACCGCCUAUGCUGAUAUCAUCAAUUCUCUUUUAGCCAUUACUUUGACUACUGCGGACCUUUGUUUGAUGAACGUAUGUUCUCGUAGAAGCCAAAUGGAGCCCGACAAGCCAGAACCCGUUUCUCACCCGGUGCCCGGAAAACCAGAAUCCAUUUCUCCUUCGCUACCCGGAAAACCAGAAUCCGUUUCUCAUCCGGUACCUAAGCAUACAGAAACGGGUUCUCACCUGGAGUUGGAAGAAUCCGGCGAAGAUACUGCUUCAGAUUCUUCACAAUCUAGCCCCAGGGAAAAUGCUAGUAAUCGCAAGGAUGCUGCUAGCGGAGAUGCGGUUGCUGAUAAACCAGCUUCUCCGCCGGGAGGAUCACCUCCGAGGUCGUCAAUUUCAUCCGGUGUAAGUAAUUUAACACACGGAUCGUCUCCGAGGGAAGAAAAGGCAUCUAUUUCUCCCCCUGCGCCAGUGGGCAAGGAUCCGAAGCCGGAGGUGGAGGUGAAGAAGUCCGUAAGAAAUGAAUCUUUGGCCUUGGUCAAGGUGGAUCAUGCUGCCACAGAUGUUGGCCGAGGCAGAGUCGGCGGCGGCGGCGGCGAGACACGGCGGAGGUUGCGGCAAAGGUUGUCGAGUUUGAAGAUUUCCCGGAGAGAGAAUACGGUGAAGAAAGCUGCCUUAGGUUUUAGGAUUUUUGGUUUUCUGUUCUGUUUAGUUUCCUUCUCCGUCAUGGUGGCUGAUCGGAAACAGGGCUGGGCUAUUGAUUCUUUCCAGCGUUACAAGGAGUUCAGGUACUCUCUGUCAGUGAAUGCAAUAGGAUUUAUGUAUUCAGGAGCACAGGCAAUUGAUCUAAUCUACCACUCUGCCACUGGAAACAACUUUUUCCGGCACCCAUUGCGCCAUUACUCAGAUUUUGCAAUUGAUCAGGCGAUAACGUACCUUCUGAUAUCAGCAUCAUCUUCAGCUGCUACCCGAGUUGAUGAUUGGCGGUUGAACUGGGGAAAGGAUAAGUUCCCGGAUAUGGCGAGUGCAGCUGUGACAAUGUCCUUCCUUGCAUUUAUUGCCAUGGCUUUCAGUUCUCUCAUUUCGGGCUAUGCUCUUUGCACUUCCAAAUCCAUACACUCUUGAAGUCUUGAUUACUUGGAAUCUACUUGUGUGCUCUCAAGAAAUAUAUAUGUAAAAUCCUUAGCUUCUAACUUGAACAAAAUUGGGGUUAUGAUUUAAUGAAGCUUAAAUUUUGCUGUUUAAUUUUA